GACCACACCAGACACCACUCUCUACUACGCAAUACAAAAAGUAUGGGGUAAAGCUUCAUUAAGUAAGGGGCAAAAAACUCUGUCUUAGAAAUUUCGCUGGAAGCUUUGAGCUAACUUCUACCAAUACGGAGUUUAUGAGUUUUGACAUCAUGGUGCGUCGCUAUUUGACGUGAUGCCGUUUCGGUGGGAUAAACUAAUGUAUGGCUGAAUGGAAAGAUUAGUAUUAUUCAUAAUGGAUAAUUAUUAUUACCUGAAAUACUUAUUUUAUAUGAUCUACACGAUAAGUUUGGUACCGUAAUUAAAGUCGUGUUUUGUGAAUAAGUUUCAUUAUUGUAUAUUCCAGUUUAUGGUUAAAUGGAGAGCUUUAACCCAGCGUACCGUUAAGCAAAGACGUCACGGCGCAAAGUUUUUGAGGCCGUACUCAAGAAUAUUUUAUUUAUACAACGCCGGCCAGCAUUAGGAAGGAAGGAAGCCAGGUAGAGCCCGGAGGAAACCCACUACAAUCCGCAGGUUGCUGUCAGACAUUCCAAGUACGCUGGGAGAGUAAGCCAGCUUGAGCUGGACGGUUGACACGCUGGCCACCUCGGCCACGGAGGUCCCAAUUUGCAUUAUAAUUACGAAAAGAUCACGAAAUUUCACGCAAUAGAACAUCAAAGAAACAUCUGUGGAUGAUAGUUACAAUCACAAGGUAAAUGUAUAUUGUUUGUAUGUUUGUAUUUAUAUAUACCGUAAAAUAUUAAUGACUCUGGUAAGCAUACGACCCUAUCAUUCACACUUACACAUCUUUUUCACUCAGGUUCAACCUCUCAAAAGGCUUCUGCCACCACUUGAAGGGGAAAGUGAUCAAUCUCCAUAUAACCAUUGUUUUCGGUCAGAGGUAAAGUACAGAGGUAAAGUAAUAAACACAUGUAAUAAAUAGUUUCAUUAUCUAUCAGGCGUGAACAACUCCGCCUGACACUCAAACUGCCGAGGUUGUCAUAAAUUAAAACUGUACAGGCCAUUCUAUGACGAUUAUUUACGAUGUAAGUUUUCUUUAAAAGCUUCAAACGUUUCAUUAUUGGCCUUUAGACGACCACCAUCUCUUCAGUAUGAUGAAGUUUACUCUACUGAGCAUUUUCCUUGUUGCCUUGUCUCUGGCCAACGCGGCCCGGCUAACAUCUAAGGCGCCAGAAGACACCCAAGCGACGGAGAGAACUCAGGUACCCCAGGUACCCGAGGGAAGCCAGGCACCCGAGAAAACCCAGGAGCCCGAGGGAAGCCAGGUACCCGAGGGAACCCAGGCACCCGAGGGAACCCAGGAGCCCGAGAGAACCCAGGUACCCCAGGGACCCCUGGCACCCGAGAGAACCCAGGAGCCCGAGGGAACCCAUGUACCCGAGGGAACCCAGGCACCCGAGGGAACCCAGGAGCCCGAUAGAACCCAGGAACCUCAGGGAACCCAGGUACCAGAGGGGACCCAGGCACCCGAGAGAACCCAGGAGCCCCAGGGAACCGAGGAGUCCGUACAGGAGGAGUAUCCAGAGGUGCCGGAAGAGGAGGCAGUCACCGCUGACGAAGGCGACAUCGCCGAUGUUGAGAAUGAUGAAGACGAUCAAGAUCAACGUCGAGUAGAGUGCACCCCAGGAGUGGAGUUUCUAGAGGACCCCAAAAACUGUGGAAGAUUCUACCAAUGCGUAAAUGGCGUUCCUAACCGCCUUGAUUGCCCUGCCGGUCUGUACUUCAACAUCAACACGAAGGUUUGCGACUGGCCAUCCAACGUAAACUGCGAUCUGGACAGAUGCGACAGAAGACGGGUGGGCCGCUGGUCGGGAAGUGAAGACGAUGCCCAAUCAACAGUCAGCUGCCCACGGGGUCAUUUGCCGCUCAACUGUGCCGCAACGGACCCCAGCAGAAGUGACGGUGUAUUUUUGGAUGGUCGCACCUGUACGGCUGUUAACAGUGCUGGAGGUCCCGGACAGAGGGCAGUUGCAACCUGUGUGCGUGUGGCCAUAGAUGAAGCAGUCAUCACCAUCGUGACAAGUGGAAGAUGGCUGCGUACGCCUAUUGCCCAAUGCCCACGGGGGUACAGAGUGAUGAACUGCUUUAUCAGAAACCCAUGGAACCAUGUACGCUUUGCUCACCCGUACAUGAUCCUGUCCGGGAACUACUGUCGUGCUCACCGAACUUGUACAGCUGGGCGUGGAUGUAUGGCGCAGGCCGUGUGUCGGAGGCGAGCCGGAUUUUAAACCUGCACGAUAGAUGGGAAUUUCCAUUGAUAAACCCACAAAUGUCUAUAAUCACAAAAGGUGUUAAAAACAGUACAAUCUUGAUGUCAGUAUAUCGAUUUCAAAACCCAUCAAAACCCGUUAAAGUAAAAACGUCUGCUUCAGUCUUUUCGAAAAUAAAAUAUUUUUUUUAUUUCUUUUUUAUUUUUGGCUGUUUGAAAUGGGAGGAAAAUUCAAUCAAGCAAUUCAGAGAGAUUACGUUGUAACAAGGUAUGAAAUAAGCAGUUGACUUUCAUUUAAAGAAAGAGAACAUAAAUACACACCAUUGUCCAAUCAACUGUGUUAACAAACCAUCAUUUCUCAAACCAUCUUGAAUAAAAUUGAUUCAUGUUACAUUUAAAUAUUUAACUGAUUUAUUUUAUGUUUAUUUUAUUGAUGUUUAAUGUUGUUCUCAAGAAUUCAAAGUUCAUUUAUUCUCUAUUUGCAUAUUUGAACUCCUAUGUGGAUUUACACGGAUUAGUUGUGUAAGCAGUUGAUGACGUCAUAGAGCGAUUUUAUAAAACUGUGCUUGGCGCAUGAGCAAAAAUUUAGAUCCAAAAUUAACCGAACAGUCUUCUUGUGAAACGGAAGACGUGUAAUAGCUAAGCUUAGACGGCUAGUUGAGUUAGCAGACCAGAAAUUUUGUCUAACCCGUUACAAAGAAAACUAUUUGGCUAUAG